AUGUCGGUCAGCAGUGUGAACAAACAGAUGGGAGCGACACAGAGUGACAUCAAGGAGAGACUGGAGGAGGAAGGGGUGAAAAUCAGGAGGUCAUUCAAGAUGAAACGGGCAAUGGCCAAAGCCCAACCAUUUACAUAUCAUGAUGAGCAUUCCUGCUCGGUGUGUCUGGACACCCUUACUGACCCUGUGUCACUGCAUUGUGGUCACAGUUUCUGUCUUAAGUGCCUCACCAACCUCUAUGAUCAAAGUCAAGUAUGUAGCUGUCCUGAGUGUGGAGAGUCCUUCACCACGAGGCCUGAACUACACAUAAAUGUUGAGCUGAAUGAAGCCAUCAAGAAAUUAAAGAAGAUGGCCAUCUGUCCUCCUCCAUCUCAAAAUUUUGCUGGCCCUGGAGAUGUGGAGUGUUACGUGUGUCCCAUAAAGAAGUUCAGAGCAGUGAAGUCCUGUCUGACUUGUAUGGCCUCCUUCUGUCAGAUUCACCUGAAGCCUCACUUUGACAGAGCAACCUUGAAAGACCAUAAGCUGACUGAUCCAGAUGGAAAUCUUCAGGAGAAGCUCUGUGCAAAACAUCAGAAAUGUUUAGAAAUAUUUUGUAAAACAGACAAGAUGUGUAUUUGCAUGAUGUGUGUGAUGACUGAACACAAAGGUCAUGAAAUGGUCGAGCUGGAGACAAAAAGAGAUGAAGAAAAAAAGCAGGCAAUGGCCAAAGCCCAACCAUUUACAUAUCAUGAUGAGCAUUCCUGCUCGGUGUGUCUGGACACCCUUACUGACCCUGUGUCACUGCAUUGUGGUCACAGUUUCUGUCUUAAGUGCCUCACCAACCUCUAUGAUCAAAGUCAAGUAUGUAGCUGUCCUGAGUGUGGAGAGUCCUUCACCACGAGGCCUGAACUACACAUAAAUGUUGAGCUGAAUGAAGCCAUCAAGAAAUUAAAGAAGAUGGCCAUCUGUCCUCCUCCAUCUCAAAAUUUUGCUGGCCCUGGAGAUGUGGAGUGUUACGUGUGUCCCAUAAAGAAGUUCAGAGCAGUGAAGUCCUGUCUGACUUGUAUGGCCUCCUUCUGUCAGAUUCACCUGAAGCCUCACUUUGACAGAGCAACCUUGAAAGACCAUAAGCUGACUGAUCCAGAUGGAAAUCUUCAGGAGAAGCUCUGUGCAAAACAUCAGAAAUGUUUAGAAAUAUUUUGUAAAACAGACAAGAUGUGUAUUUGCAUGAUGUGUGUGAUGACUGAACACAAAGGUCAUGAAAUGGUCGAGCUGGAGACAAAAAGAGAUGAAGAAAAAAAGCAGGAUGAGUUCAUCUGCUUGGUGUGUCUGGAGACCCUGAGUGACCCCAUCUCGCUCCCCUGUGGUCACAGUUUCUGUCUGAAGUGCCUCUCAGACUACUGGGAGCAAAACCAAGAGUGCAGUUGCCCUCAGUGCAGAGAGAUCUUCACCACGAGGCCUGAACUGCACAUAAACACUAAGCUGAAUGAAGGCAUCAAGAAAUUAAAGAUGGCGAGUACUCAUCCAUCUCAGAAUUGUGUUGGCUCUGGAGACGUGGAGUGUGACUUCUGCACUGGGAAGAAGUCCAGAGCAGUGAAGUCCUGUCUGACGUGCAUGGUCUCUUACUGCCAGGCUCACCUGCAGCCCCACUUUGAAGUAGAAGCCUGGAAGGACCACAAGCUGACUGAUCCAGUUAGAAAUCUGAAGGAGAAGCUCUGUGUGAAACAUCACAAGAGUCUGGAGAUAUUUUGCAAAACUGAUGAGACCUGCAUCUGCAUGAUGUGUGGCAUGAUUGAACAUGAGAACCAUGAAAAGGUUGAGCUGCAGAUGGAAAAAGAAGAAAAACAGAAACAGCUGGAGGCGACAAGGAGUGAAAUCACAAGGAGACUUGAAGAGAGAGAGAACAAACAGAAGACGACAAGGAUGAUGGUGGACAAAAUGAAGAUUUCUGUGGAAAAAGAAGUGGAGGGAUAUGAGAAGAAAUUUACUGAUCUGAUUUGCUGCAUUGAAGAAACUUGCAGGAAACUGGUUGAGAGGACCAGAGAACAAGAGAAGACAGAAAUGGAGAAGGGUGAAGGAGUCAUAGAGCAACUGAAGGAUGAGAUUGAGCAACUAAGAAGGAAAGACGUUGAGCUGAAGGAGCUUUCGGAGACCAGAGACCACAUCCACUUCUUGCAGACAUUCUCAUCUCUCUGUGUCCUUCCUGCUGAUGAAGACUUGCCCGCUGUCACUGCCGACUUCUCUUCUGAUGGCCUGAGAAAGGAGCUGUCAUGGCUGAUAAAGAAUCUGGAGAAGAUCGGCCAGUGGGACAUCUUAAAAUGGACUCAAUCAGGUCGUGAAGCUCCAGUUUACACCCUAAAGCCUAAUGAACCUCAGAGCAGAGCAGAGUUUCUCCAUUACUUCUGUUCCCUCACACUGGAUAUCAACACGGCACACAGACGCCUCCGUCUGUCUGAAGAGAACAAGAAGGUGACACGUGAUGGGACAAAGGCCAACUAUCCUGAUCAUCCUAACAGAUUUGACCGCUGUCCCCAAGUUCUGUGCAGAGAGGCUCUGACUGGGACUCGCUGUUACUGGGAGGUGGAGUUCACUGGAGAGAAUCUGGCGAUUGGAGUCGCAUAUCAUGGCCUGAGCAGGAAAGGAGAUGGCAUAAAGUGCGGUCUUGGAAACAAUGGCAAGUCCUGGAGUUUGUAUUGGUGUUAUUCCCAGUACUCUGUGUAUCACAAUAACAAGUGUACUGUACUCAGCGCCCCGUACUGUCCCAGAAUAGGCGUGUAUCUUGACUGGCCUGCUGGCUCUCUGUCAUUUUAUAGCGUCUCACACACAAUGACCCUCCUGCACAGGCUCAACACCUCCUUCACUAAGCCGCUCUGUCCAGGGUUUGGGGUUGAUACUGACUGCAGUGUAACAAUCUGCCAUCUGACACCAGGUGACAACUGA